CUUGGAUUCCCGACUUCGCCGUACCAUGCACAAGCACCCCUCGUCGAAUCGCACUUGGGACACUGUGGUCACGAUGUGGCAACGAAUUAGAUAAGACGACUUGCAUCUUUGGUUCGGAGAUAUAAAACAAAAAGAAGUUGUAGGAGGUUUGCUAGACUUUGUACCAGCUUCACUGAGCAUCUCAUCAAAUAUCUACCCGUUUCAUUAACAUCGCUCGCAGCAGCUUUAAGGAACCAAGGGCUGAGGGACCGCAAAAUAUUCACGGUCGUGCUUCAGACAUAACCCGGAGGUAUCCUUGGACGUUGUAAUCGAAGAGUUCCUCGUGCCACGUAGCUCUGCUUUGCUCUUGCCUCCACAGCCUGUGUACCUCCGCCAAUCUUCGCGAGCGUUUCAUAUUUCUGGCAAAUAAGUUGCCACGGAGGCUUCAACGGCCGAACAAUGCAAAGAUCGAACCAAGAAUUACCACUAGGAGAUCUUCGGUAACACUACCUGUGUGCCCUACGACCACAAAUUGAGCGCCUGCUCGUCUGAAUCCGCAUGCCUGCACUUGGAAAGAGGAUGUUUCCCUAGGCCCUGCGAUUCGAGACGCAACCGCAAUUCCAUGUCAGAACGCCUGACGGCACCCUAUUUCAAGGCAUCUGAGGUUCCCAUCCCCUGAGCCUCAUGGCAUAGUGACCAGGUUGUGGAACACCUCGAUCCGAAAAAGGCGUCUGCAGCUGUACACGUCGAGAAGCUAGCUGGGCAAGCUCGUCAAUGGCGAGCCACCCUAUUCGACGGUUGCAGCAUAUCUGCUACCUACCUCCCGAAUGCUGGACUACCAAUUGAACACCUGGCGGAACGAUAAUCCAUGAUGGCAAUCAAAUCUACGAAGGAGAAGCACACUUCCGACGGGUAACUUGCACGACGGGCUAGCAUGAAUGCCGUCUAAUCCAAGCCGCGACUGUCGUAAACGUCGAACAUCGAAUUUCAGACCUUGAACCUUACGCUUGUGUCUUUCCAUACGUAUUCACAGUCAUUUCUUCCAAGCCUGGCAAUGGAAAUCGCGGAUGGCUAGCGUCCACACCCCGAUUUCGCCCCUCAGAAAGACGGGGUUUGACGACAAGCUUUCACAGCAGCGCUUAGAGCAAACUUUGAUUGUGUGUGUGAAAGAGUAGGAGAAUAGAAAGGAUCGGCGUUGUCGAGUCGCGGAGCGUCGGACCCGUAUGAUACAGAGGAACAGCCAUAAGGCGAGAAUCCUGGUUGUCAAUUUUUUUUUUCUUUUUUGCACGAUUCCCUCCAACAAACCUUGCGGCGACAGCAUGUUUCGUGAGUGGAGAAACAACCCAAUUUUGGGGCGUCGAAACCCGCGAUCUCUUCCAUGCGCAGUAGUAAUGACAGGCAUUAGCUCAGUGCUUUUUCCCCAGCUUUUGACAUGGCUUCGCGCGCUGUUAGCCGGAAAAUCAGCCCCAUUAAGUAAUUUGGAUGGGGGAAUGCUCAAACGCCAGCUUGUCGUGGCGCAUCGACUGGUACGGAUAUCAACCAUGGCGGUCGACGGGGCCUGUUUUGAGCAAAAAAGAAAGGUCACGUCUGGCCUAAAGUUAGGGGAUGGCGGCACCGCGAGUCCUAGCGAACCUAGCAAGGGCGGGUUUUACGAGCCAAAUGCGCAAAAAAGGCAACUCACGGACCUGACUCGACUGCAGGCAAAAGAAGGGGAUUGGACGCAGGGUUGUGUGACACAACUAAACGAAAGGCUCUCGCAGCAGCAUCCAGCUACCUUUCCGUGGUGCUCUUCUUCUUCUUGUUCCUUUUGGUUCUUCGGAGGAAAAAUAAUUGUAUACAUCACGUAUUUCAUUCUCCCAAAGGUGCGAACGGGUUCAGCAAUAAUUAUGUGCUGAAGGCAGUGUGGGUCUUUUUCCCUUCUCAAAAGAUGCGUUUUGCACAUCCAGACGAGGUUGCGAAGUGGCCUCCUCCAAAUCUGGUCGAUGUACGUACUUGGUGAUCUGUACCGCUGAUUCUCCCUGUU